AUGUCAUUAAACGAACAAUUAUCAACAACUUCAUCUGUAUCAACUAUAGAUACACAUGAAAAUAUACAAGAAGAUAUGCAAAUAGAUACACAAAUUAAUAACCGUAAAAAAUCUGGUCCAAAGCCAAAAAAAAUUUGGGAACAUUUUAUUGAAGGUGAACGAAGUUUAAAAGGACAUGCUUUAGCAAUAUCAUUUGAAUGUUCUGAAGAUUUUCUAUCUAUUUCGACUAAAAUUAAGCAAGAAUGGAUGCAAAUAAUUGCAACAAGAAAUGAGAGUAUUUUAGAUAAUAGUGAAUUAAUUCAAAUACCAUAUAAGC